AUGCAGUCUGUCAAUGGUGCUGCUCAACAAUCUACACCACAGCCACAGUCUUCGGCCACAUCCAAGGAGCCUCUUUUGUCUACCGACCAGCAGACCACCUUGCGCCAACAGCUGUCUGCCUUCAACUACCUGCAAAAGAACAUGCCCAUUCCUCAGAACAUCCAAGACUCUCUGUUCCAAGCACAAAAGGCCACUGCUAUCGAUUCCUCAAAACCUGCAACGCCUGCCACUCAACCUUCGACCAGAACCCACCGCUUCCAGUCCUUCAAGGACCCUCACACCCUCGUUCCCAAUGCUAUCUCAUAUCUGGACCACACCCGUCGCGACCAGCGUCACAUCAUCCCCAGUAUCAUGCCUCUAGGUAUCGAUGUUGACAGAGCACGGGAAGAGAGGGAGGCCAUUCUGUACAACCGUAUCAUGGCACGCAAGAGCGAACUGGACAAACUUCCUGCCAACAUCGGCUCUUGGGACACGACUUCAUCGACCGUUCCUGUCGACAACGGCAAGUUGAAACUGAAGGCUCUCAUCGAGCACAAGAUGCUGUCCUUGCUCCCCAAGCAGCGCCAAAUGAGAGCAAAUGUCAGUCGCGAGAUGAUGCAGUCCGAUAACCUCGCCAUGACUGCUAAUCGCGCUCUGUACCGCCGCAUCAAGAAGCAAUCUCUGCGCGAAGCUCGUAUCACCGAGAAGCUCGAAAAGCAACAACAAGAUGCUCACGAGUCAAAGGAGAAGAAGAAGCACAACGACUUCCUUCGCUCUGUGCUGUCUCAUGGCAACGAACUCAAGACGUCGGCUGCCAACCAGCGAACCAGGAUUCAAAAGCUCGGCCGUCUCAUGCAGACCACUCACUCAAACAUCGAAAAGGAAGAACAAAAGCGCAUCGAAAGAACCGCCAAGCAACGUCUGCAAGCCCUCAAAGCCAACGACGAAGAGACUUACCUCAAGCUGCUGGGCCAGGCAAAGGACAGCCGUAUUUCUCACUUGCUCAAGCAGACCGAUGGUUUCCUCGACCAGCUUGCCGCCUCCGUCAAGGAACAGCAACGCGGUGCUGCUCGCAGAUAUGGAGUCGUCGAAGAGGAAGAAGAGCCAGAGGUUGUUGAAGAAGAUGAAGAUGGCGAGGCUAUAUCAAGAAAGGUCGACUACUAUGAAGUUGCUCACAAGAUCAAGGAAGAGGUCACGCAGCAAGCCAACAUUCUCGUUGGUGGUACUCUCAAGGAGUACCAGAUCAAGGGUCUCCAGUGGAUGAUCUCGCUCUACAACAACAACCUCAACGGUAUCCUUGCUGAUGAGAUGGGUCUUGGAAAGACCAUUCAGACAAUCAGUUUGAUUACCUACCUUAUCGAGAAGAAGCGUCAACCAGGACCUUAUCUGGUCAUUGUACCUCUUAGUACGUUGACGAACUGGAACAACGAAUUCGACAAAUGGGCACCUUCUGUUUCAAAGAUUGUUUACAAGGGACCCCCGGCCCAAAGAAAGACUCACCAGAACCAGAUCAGAUAUGGCAACUUCCAAGUCUUGCUUACUACCUACGAGUUCAUCAUUAAGGACAGACCCGUACUCAGUAAGAUCAAGUGGCUGCACAUGAUUGUCGACGAAGGCCAUCGUAUGAAGAACGCCAACUCCAAGUUGAGCAGCACCAUCACUCAGUAUUACACCACACGUUACCGCUUGAUUUUGACAGGUACUCCUCUCCAGAACAAUCUUCCCGAGUUGUGGGCCCUGCUCAACUUCGUUCUUCCCACCAUUUUCAAGUCGGUCAAGUCGUUUGAUGAAUGGUUUAACACUCCCUUCGCCAACACAGGUGGACAGGAUAAGAUGGAGUUGUCAGAAGAAGAGCAGCUGCUUGUCAUUCGUCGUCUUCACAAGGUGCUUCGACCUUUCCUUCUGCGUCGUCUCAAGAAGGAUGUCGAGAAAGACUUGCCUGACAAGCAGGAGCGUGUCAUCAAGUGUCAGUUUUCAUCACUUCAAGCCAAGUUGUACAAGCAGCUCGUCAGUCACAACAGGCUUAUGGUCAGUGAUGGCAAGGGUGGAAAGACUGGUCUGCGUGGUCUCAGCAACAUGCUCAUGCAGUUGAGAAAACUUUGCAACCAUCCCUUUGUCUUCGAAGAAGUCGAGGAUCAGAUCAACCCUGGCAAAGGAACCAACGACACACUGUGGCGUACAGCUGGAAAGUUUGAGCUUCUCGACAGAAUUCUACCCAAGUUUGAGAGGUCUGGCCAUCGUGUCUUGAUGUUCUUCCAGAUGACACAAAUUAUGAACAUCAUGGAAGAUUUCCUCCGUCUGCGCGGGCUUAAGUAUCUACGUUUGGACGGAUCAACAAAGGCUGAUGACCGUAGUGAGCUCCUCAGAAUUUUCAACGCGCCUGACUCACCUUAUUUCUGUUUCCUGCUAUCGACUCGCGCUGGUGGUCUCGGUCUGAAUCUGCAGACUGCCGAUACCGUUAUCAUCUACGACUCUGAUUGGAACCCUCAUCAGGAUCUUCAAGCUCAAGAUCGUGCUCAUCGUAUUGGUCAGAAGAACGAGGUUCGCAUUCUACGUCUCAUCAGUUCCAAUUCCGUGGAAGAGAAGAUUCUCGAACGUGCCAACUACAAGCUUGCUAUGGACGGCAAAGUCAUUCAGGCUGGUAAAUUCGACAACAGGUCGACCAACGAAGAGCGUGAUGAGAUGCUUCGUGUCAUGCUGGAGUCUGCCGAAGCAGCCGAGGCAUUCGAGCAAGAGGAAAUGGAUGACGAUGACCUGAACGUGAUCAUGAUGCGCUCUGAUGAGGAGUUGACACUCUUCCAACAGAUGGACAAGGAGCGUCUAAGGGAUCAGAAAUACGGCCCUGGAAAGAAGUAUCCUCGUCUCAUGUGUGAGCAGGAGCUUCCUGACAUUUAUGUGAACGAAGAGGGCCCGAUCGAGGAGAUUGUUGAGGUCGCCAUGGGUCGUGGUAACCGCGAGCGCGCCAGAGUCAAGUAUGACGAUGGUCUUACUGAGGAGCAAUGGCUCGAAGCUGUCGACAACAGUGAUGACGAUAUCGAGUCUGCCGUUGCCCGUAAACAGGCUCGUAUCAGCAGACGUGCCGGUAACAAGGAAAAGAGGGGACAAGAAGGCCAGGACGAUACGCCCCCACCAGAGUCUCGCGCCAGCUCAGAAUCUCCUCAGCCAAAGAAGCGUGGUCGCAAGCCCAAGCCUGAGACUGUCCAGAAGCGCAAGGCCGAGGAAGAGGUCGAAGCACCACAACCGAGAAAGCGUGGCCGUCAAGCUAAGGUGCCCGAUCUGCUGCCGCCGUCUGAACGCGAGCACUUGCAAGAGGUUCUCGACGCAGUGCACGACACACUGAUGGACCUCGAGGAGGAGUCGACCGAGCCCGAUAUCGCCAACAGAGGGAUCAUCGACCCGUUCAUUGAGUUGCCACCUCAGAAGCAUUACCCCGACUACUACCAGCUCAUCCGCACACCUGUUUGCAUGGAUCAGAUCCAAAAGAAGAUCAACAAGAAGCAGUACCAGAACCUGCGCCAGUUCAGACAGGACAUCAAGCAGUUGUGCGACAACUGCAGGACUUACAAUGAGGAUGGAAGUACUCUGUACCAAGACGCGAACUUGAUUGAGGAAACCGCUGUCAAGAAGCUUGCUGAAGAGACAGCCAAGUACCCCGAGUUUGCAGACUGGGAGACCGAGACUGGCAACACACGACCCGUUUCCAAUGCUGGUACACCUCAGCCACGCGUCAAGCUGAGUCUCGGUGGUCGCAAGAGCCGCGGUGGCACAGAGUCCAUGGCUCAGAGCGAUGACGAUGAGUAA